AUGGUGGGUAGCUUCCUCCUCUGCAGUUCACUUCUGCUCUUCUGCUUAGCUUGCGUGAAUUGCAAGCUGCCCUGCCCCCAACGCGAUCUCUUCAAAAUUGACGCGGAUAAUGUUCAAACCGUUUUUGACACAAAUGAGUACUGGUUUGUAAAAUUUUACGCCCCCCAGUGCGUGCACUGCAAGCGAAUAUGGAGUACCAUAAUGAAUGUAAAAAUUGACGUACAAAGUGAUGAUAAAAGAAGGGUGUAUUUUGGAGAGGUUAACUGCGACGACACGAACGGACGGAGCAUUUGUGAACAGUACGGCGUUUUAAACAUACCCCAGUUGAAACUAUUUAAGGGAAACGAAUUGCUCUCAACAUAUUCAUACAGCACUAACGAUGAGCGUCUUAUAAAGAAAUGGAUAAAUUAUGUUACAACGCCAGUCUUUUGGGCUGUCCAUUCAGAGGAAGAGUUAAAUUCGCGCCAAACGGACGACAAUUUUUUUCUGACUUGUGCAGAAAAUUUAAGCGACGACUUAAUCAAGGCGGCAAAGAUCUACAGCGAGGAAUGCUAUUUUAUUAACAUUAAGAAUAGGGAGCUGUGCGACAAGUUAAGCAUCAAGGCAAACCACUUGCACGUGCGGGGGGCACAGGAGCAUGCGACUUAUGACCUGAACAAAAUUGACUUUGAAGAGCUCAAGUCUUUUAUGAAUAAAAAUCGGUUCCCCCUAGAAAUAAUUUGA